AGGUUCAGUAAAUCUCAGGUCUUGGUUGGAAUUGCAAAAGCUCUUUGACUUCAGGAGAAGGCCCAUACUAAUCUUCAGAAUGGGUGUUCCAGCAUUCUUCAGGUGGCUCACUCGCAAGUAUCCAUCAGUCAUCGUGUAUUGUGUAGAAGAGAAGGCACAACAGGUGGAUGGAGUGACUAUUCCAGUUGACACAUCUAAACCAAACCCUAAUGAAAUAGAAUUUGACAAUCUUUAUCUUGACAUGAAUGGCAUCAUUCAUCCUUGUACUCAUCCUGAGGACAGGCCUGCUCCAAGAGAUGAAGAUGAAAUGAUGAGGGCCAUCUUUGACUUCAUUGAUAGAAUCUUUAGCAUUGUGAGACCAAGAAAGCUCCUUUACAUGGCCAUUGAUGGAGUGGCCCCAAGAGCCAAAAUGAAUCAGCAGAGGAGUCGACGGUUUCGUGCCUCGAAGGAGAGCUGGGAGAAGCAACAGGAAGUGAAUAAUAUCAAGGAGGAACUUCUUGAGAAAGGAGCCCAUCUACCUGAAGAGAAAAACAAAGGUUUCCAUUUUGACAGCAAUUGUAUAACCCCGGGAACUCCAUUUAUGGAUCGACUUGCCAAGUGCCUUCAUUAUUAUAUUCAUGAGCGGCUGAACAAUGACCCAGGGUGGAAAGAUAUCAAAGUGAUUCUUUCAGAUGCUAAUGUCCCUGGAGAAGGAGAGCAUAAAAUCAUGGACUUUAUUCGGAAGCAACGAGCUCAACCUGACCAUGAUCCCAACACCCACCAUGUGCUGUGUGGGGCUGAUGCUGAUCUCAUUAUGCUUGGUCUUGCAACUCAUGAACCCAAUUUCACCAUUAUCAGGGAGGAAUUCAAGCCCAACAAACCACGACCCUGUGACAUCUGUAGUCAGUUGGGGCAUGAGAUGCAGGAGUGCCAGGGCCUUCCCAAGAAUCGACAGGGAGAACAUGAUGAACUCCCUCCACCAGUGUAUGCUGAGCAAAAGUACAUCUAUGUGCGGCUAAAUGUCCUUAGAGAAUACCUGGAACGAGAGUUGAACAUGCCAAACCUUCCAUUCAAGUUUGACCUAGAGCGUGCUAUUGAUGACUGGGUGUUUAUGUGCUUCUUUGUUGGGAAUGACUUCCUUCCCCACCUGCCAUCCCUGGAGAUCCGAGAAGGAGCCAUAGAUCGUCUAGUCUCCCUUUACAAGAAGGCAGUCUACAAGACUGGUGGCUAUGUGACAAAUAGUGGUCUGGUAAACAUGAUGCGUGUGCAGCUCAUCAUGACAGACCUGGGCCAGGUGGAAGAUGAGAUUUUCCGGCAGAGGCAGGCUCGAGAACAAGAGUACAAGCGAAGGGAAAAGGAGAGGAAGAAAAGAGAGAAGUCUUUGUCAUCAGUCGCUCCUGCAUUUAUCCCUGGUGGACAAUUUAAUCCAGUAAUGGGAAGAGCCCAGAUGCAUCAAUCUACCUCAAAUCGAGCUGUGGCUCAGGAGCUUCGUGCAUCCAUGCGAGACAAUCAUUCUGAGUCUGGAGAAAGAGGUACAAAGAGGAAGCUGGAGGACACAGAGCGUGUGAAGGAAGACGAAGACGAAGAGCCGCAUGAUGAAGUGCGAUUAUGGGAAGAGGGUUUCAAGGAGCGAUAUUAUGAGAGCAAGUUUGAUGCUCCUUCUGAUGACCCCAUGUUCCGUUUCCGUGUUGCUCAGGAAUAUGCCCAUGGUCUUUGCUGGGUUCUUCGAUACUAUUAUCAGGGUUGUCCAUCUUGGAAAUGGUAUUAUCCAUACCAUUAUGCACCCUUUGCCUCUGACUUUGUGGAACUGGAAGCCAUUGACACAGAAUUUGAAGAGAAUACUGAGCCUUUUCGCCCCUUGGAGCAGUUGAUGGGCGUGUUCCCUGCAGCCAGUCGUGCACACGUACCUGAACCUUGGGCUGAUCUCAUGGUCAAUCCUGACUCUUCAAUCAUUGACUUUUAUCCCACUGACUUCAAAAUUGAUCUGAAUGGGAAGAAGUUUGCAUGGCAGGGAGUGGCACUCCUUCCAUUUGUCAAUGAAAUGAGGUUGAAGCUAGCUCUUGAAUCAUUCUAUGAUCUUCUCACUGAUGAUGAGAAGAGGCGAAAUGUGAAAGGAGAGGCCGUUCUGUAUGUGAAUGAUUCACACACUGGAUUCUCAUUCAUGGCUGGUCUUUAUGAAGGCGAUUCUUGCCGAGAUCAAGAGCGAGAGUAUGAGCUGAACCCUAAGCUCUUUCAGGGCAUGGCUGGUCAUGUGCUGCUGUCACCCAAUGUUGUUGAACCUGGCGGAUUGCUUGAAAGCCCUGUGGAUGGGUUGGAAAGUGUUAAACAGAACCAUACCCUCUGCCUCCAGUACAUGGACCUCAAAUAUCCUCAUGGAUUCAUUUUUCCUGCUGUCCGGCUUCCUGAUGCCAAAGACCCACCUCGUACAUUGAAGGCAUAUGGCUUAAGCCACGAAGAGAACAGGAACUACCGUCCCAUGUUAGGCUUCAAUUCUUCAAGGCAACAGGCUUAUCUUAACCCAGCUGGCCAUCGAUUUGUCAGAGGCUCCAUGGGUCGACCAGAUAAUUCCCCUCGAGCCCCACUUUACCGUAACGCCCCUCCACUCAUGGGGCAAGUCACAAUCCCUGAUGAUCAACGAGCAGCUCAACUCAUCAUGGGAGCCAUCCGACAUGCUGGUGGUCAGGAAGUCGAUGGGAAAGAGACCAAGAGCGAGGGCUCUACUAUCAGGGGCGCCCUAGCAAUCAAUGGGGAAGGGACCAGGAACGAGGUCUCACCCAUCAGGGUCACUCAAGUGGUCGAUGGGAGAGAGACCGAGAACAAUCCCAGUUUCAUCGGGGUGGGUAUUCAACUCAAGGAAGGCAGUCGGAUGGAUAUUGGGGCCCUCCUCAAUCUAGAAGUGCUUCCUGGGGUGGAUCCUACGCAGCCUCCAGUCGAAACCCUCCUUCUUCGAGGGAUCACAUGGCUCCUUGACCUCUCUCCUUCCCCGCCUCCUCCCCGUCUGCAGGCUCCCAUCAAAGAUCAGGAACAGAGUUCUUCAAAGAGCCGUUUGAUUCGCCGCCUAUGCCAGUGCUGUGCGUUAAAUGGAGGAGUGUUUGGUUUGAGUUUGAUUCUUUGGACUGAAGUCCUUCUCCCGGGUAUGGAACGCCUUUCACCCAGUGCCGCCUCUUGGGAAUUCCUUCAACCUCUCCUUCAUACCCUUUUCUCUAUUCUAUGGAUCCUACCUCUCUUCCUUCUCUCCAGACUUGUCAAUUGUCUGUGGUUCCAGGACAUUGCUGACUGGACCUUUUACCAUACCCGUGGAAGGUCAUCUCGUUGGUCCUCCAUAAGUCAACUCAUGGCAGAUUUUCUCUUUAGUGUUGUCAUUCAAACCCUCUUCCUUUUUCAGAGUUAUUUGGUGAGCCUGCUUCCACUGGCAUAUGUUGCUGAGGCGCUUUAUCUACUUCAUUUGUGCUUCCUCUAUUCUCUGUAUGCAUUCGAGUACAAGUGGUUUAGCCUGGGGUGGACACUCCCCCGUCGUCUUUCUUUCAUCGAGAUCAAUUGGCCCUACUUCGUUGGGUUUGGCCUUCCUUUAGCCCUCUUUACGUCUCUACCAGCUUCUUACUUCUUGAGAGGAUGCAUGUUCUCCCUACUCUUCCCAAUCUUCAUCAUUAGUGGACAUGAGGCUACUCCUGUCCUUGACUCCAGUGAUUUUCCUCUACGUUUGUUCUCACCUGUGGUGGCUUUAUCCAAUGCCAUACUCACAACCACCGUGGAAACAUCCAGCAGUGGCAGAAGGAGGCUUGCAAGUCAGCGUGAUCGUCAACAGUGAAAUGUUGCCUGUCUUGUGAUCUUGUGAAAAAUGUUGUUCAGGACUGACUGUGUUGUAGGGGAUAAAAGAGAUCGCAUUUUAUGAA